GGCCUGUACUCAUUUAGUCUAGAGUCGUCGAGUCGGAUUGUAACAUACAAUCUGAUGUGACCUUUAUAAUUCAUUCAUUCAUAAGAGUACGAGACGUACAAGAAGUCUUAUUUCUCCUCCGAUGGAAAGUAGGUUGCCGAUUAAUAAAGUGUCAGACUUAUUGGAUUGAGGAAGGUUACAUAUCAAGUGCGUCAGGUUCCAAAACAUUAAUACCACUCAGAAAAGUAUAAUUCGUGGUGCAAAGGCGACACGUACGGUAGUUCCACUUUGUCUCUUUUUCUGUGGUGUACACAUCUUUGGAGCGUUGAGCUUGGGUGCUUUCCAAAAUGGAGAACGGUUACGGUGAUGUUGUCGGCCCUGAAAUUGACUACAAUGAAAUUUCUCCCCUAAAGAAAACAGGGAAAACAAACAUAUAUAAAAAAUUUCUUGAAGUCGACGAACUUCACCUUGACCAGUGGCGAAAACCUAAUGUUGAUUUUGAGACUAUGGCCGUAUCUGCAACUGUUGACCCAGGGACAUUUUCCAGAAAUUCACUCGUGAUGCCCAUCGUCACUUCUUCAGUCUUUAUUUGUCAUGGGUCUCCAACAGAACCGAUGAAUACUGGAUUUCACUAUGGAAGAUGCGGAAAUCCUACACGAGACCACUUUGAAUCCUGCAUGGCUCAACUGGAUGGGGCAGCUCAUGCACUAGCUUUCUCAUCCGGUGUUGCGGGAAUUGCUGCUGUCGUGCAGACGUUGAAGCAAGGAGAUCAUAUAGUUUACAUUCAAUGUUCUAAUGGAGACUCUGAUUGGCUGUUUCGUAACAAGUGGAAGGAUUUUGGAAUUGAGGUGGACUUCAUCUACAGCAAUGACAGCAAUGCAAUUUUAGACGCCGUUCGACCCAACACAAAGAUGGUUUGGCUUGAGACUCCAAUUAACCCGACGUUGAACGUGGUUGACAUUGAAAAGAUUUCGGGAGCUGUUCAUAGCGUCGCAAAUCAUGUCCUAGUCGUGGUGGACAAUACAUUUCUUACCCCUGUUCUGCAAAGACCAUUGGAUCUUGGAGCUGACGUUGUAGUUUAUUCAUGCACCAAGUAUCUUUGCGGUCAUGCAGAUGUGAUAAUGGGUGUGGUCACAACCAGCAAAAGUGACCUCUACAAAAAAUUACAAGAGAAUCAAAUUUGUCUAGGAGCAAUUCCAUCUCCCUGGGAUUGCUAUCUAAUGAUCAGAAGCUUGAAAACGUUACCCAUUAGGAUGAGGCAGCAUUUUGUGAACGGACAGAAAAUUGCAAAUUUCCUGGAAUUACAUCCUUGUGUUGAGUUUGUGUCUCAUCCAGGACUCAACUCCCACCCCCAACAUGCACUAGCUAUCAAGCAACAGUUUGGACAUUCUGGGAUGGUCACAUUUCUGAUUAGAGGGGACAUACGUGAAGCUGCUACGUUUAUAAAUUCAUUGAAAACUUUCAAAAAAGCACCCUCUCUUGGAACAGAUGUCUCAAUUGCUAGCAUCCCCUCUAAAGCAAGUCAUUCAUGGCUCCCGGAAGAAGAGAGGCAAAAAUUGAAAAUAACAGAUAAUAUGAUACGACUGUCUGUGGGGUUAGAAAAUUCAGACCAUUUAAUACAAGAUUUAGACCAAGCCUUACGCCAAGCUGUGCCCAUUUGGAUUUAAUUGUUGGAGCUUAACAAGUGACGAGAAAAUAUUUUUGCUCAUAGAUGCUCAUUAAUAAUUUACGAAUUAUGCUUGUUCUCGAAUUAUAAGUACCUGAGAAUUAAAGGAUGACAAUUUAUUUUCCUAGUUGAA